UCAAUUACCCGCCACGCGGUUUUCAUUUACUUUCUAGUAUUUCAGUCGUUAAUUCUUUUUUUAUUUUUCAAAUAUUCAACUCUCUCUCUCUCUCCUCUUUCUCUCUCUAACAAUGGCGGAAGGAGGAUUGACGAUCUUGGACGGCGCGCUGCUGAGAGAGGCUGACCUGUCUCUGCCUUCUCAGCCACCGGCUACUGUGAUCACCGCCGCCGAAGUCCUGAAGCUUGCUGAAACCAGAGCAUCCCUCUCCCUGUACGGCGUCGUACUGCCGGAAGCUCUCAAGUCCUCUGCUCUCCGGCGUCUCGGAUUUCCCGAUGCCGCCGCAUUCCGUGCUAAGGAGCUCGAUUUCUCCGAUGCCCCGUCGAUUUUUCUAAAGUACAUCUCCGCCCUCGCCGAUGAACUCAAAGAUGAUCCUGUUGUUGUGGCAAUACUGAAUGGAAGCACUAUUCAAAUAUUUUUGGAAGAUGAAGAUGAUUUCGCAAUGAUGGCUGAGAAUCUUUUCACUGAGUUAGACACUGAAGAUAGAGGAAAGAUUUGUCGGGAUGAGAUAAAGAGCGCUCUCGUUCAUAUGGGUGUUGAAUCGGGUGUUCCUCCUAUGUCCGAAUUCGCUGAAUUAAGCGACAUCUUAAAAAAGCAUGGAGCAGAGGGAAAAGAAGAACUGGGACAAGCACAAUUCGCCGAGUUACUGCAAUCUGUGCUACAAGAACUUGCCGAUACUCUUGCGAAGAAUCCCGUUGUUAUUGUACAGCCCAUCAAAGUAGUGAAUGGUUCUAAGCUCAGACAGCUAAUGGUGAACGAGAAGCUACUAGAAGAUGUUGUAAAGAAGAUAAAUUCCGAAAGCAAGAUCGAAGAAUCGAGCACCACAAAAAUCAGAAAUUUCCUUGAGAAGCACGGUUUUGAAAUUGGUUUACCACCUUCAGAACUCGACGAAGUCGCGAUUCUGCUUGAUGCAGUAUUUACUGAGGUAGAUAGCCAAAACGAUGCUGCUGAGCUAGAAAAGGAUGGAUUUGUGGUUCUGUUGAAGAAGAUUCUUGAGAAACUUGCUGAGAAGCUGGAAACAAAUCCGAUCUUUUACGAUCUUCAGUUUUUGGAGUCGAAAGAUGUUUGAAUUAUAUACUGGUAUGUAUUGCUCCUGGUUUACAGAGACGAGCUCAUUCAUUUUUGCUUUGUUUUUUUUCUAAUAUAACUAAAACAUUAUGAAAUAUGAUUUGUCCUCUAGGACUUGUAAUUUAUCAAUUUUAUACUUGGAUACCUACUUAUCAGUAA